UCCGAAGUCAUAAUGAGCAAAGAACAAAAUGAGCAGCUGGUCAACAUUUCCAGUGAACUGCUGAAACUUAAGCCAGAUAAAACUGCCAAGGCCUUCGCUUCAGAUGCCGCUGCUGCCUCAGUUAAAGCGUUCUUAUCGAAAGAGCAACCAUUCCUGGUUGUUUCUCCUGGAUUACAGGGCAUCAUAAACGUGGAAAACUCCUUUCCCGGGAAGACUAAAGGCCGACAACUCAUUAUGUAUUUGAAAGGAAAUUCUUCCAACGAGAUUGCUAAUAUUCAGACGAUGGUGCUUGAGGCUAACCCCUGCACUAAUCUGCUGUUUUAUUAUGACCUGAUCGAUGAAAUGGCGAGAAGGCAAAGUCAAGAAGACACACUUCCAUUUAAUGUUGUGAAAGAAACAGAAAAUCGUCUCAGUCGUUGCAAAUUUGACACAGUUCAACUGGCAUCCCAGUUUGAUUCAAUGGUGGCGAUGCCGAUGCCUACCCUUGUCAAAUCGCCUUUUCCUCGACAUCAAAAGAAUCGCAAUAUAUUGCAAAUGGGUUUAGCCACGGUGGACAGAAACACUAUGACAGAAUUAAAACAGUGUAUUUUGAAAUGGUGCACCAUAAUACAAGAACUGUACGAUCAGAAAGAAUUUGCUGAUACGGACGAGGAAACCGGUGCAGGAGCGGAAAUUCGGUCUCUCCAUCGAAGGGUGGAAAACUUCGAAUCUGCAUUAGUGCAGAUAACAGUACCUUUGAUCCGAAUUUUACUAGAAGAUAUGGACGAAGAAUACUUCAGCGUUUCUGAUAUCUACGUGGAUUUGAUAGAUUUAUUGUCAUACGGUUAUGACGAAACCCGAACUAUUCUUAAGGACUUUCGACCUGUAGCUCGUUUUGCGAAGUUCGUCGCUGAUCAAGAUAUGAACCACACAAAGCCUUACAUUCAGCCGCUGUUUGAUGUCGUGGCUAAAUUACUGCAAGAAUACAAGGAAUACUUCAAAGGUCAAAAAGCGGCCAAAGUGCUGGAAGAUGUUGGGAAAUACCUCAUCGAAGUGAUCAAAAAUAAAUUCGAAGCAGCCGAUGUGUUCAAAGCAGAUACGGCCGAGAAUCUCCAGCGGACAAACGAGUGGCUGGCUAUCUGGGAUGAGCAAGUACGCAGCCUGGUAGCGAUUUGCCAAGCCAACGAGGCCAUCGACAUGAAACUAACGCCCUCGGAAGGCGAGAAGGAUUCCAAACGUCACAACGAUAUCAGCGAAUUUUCAGGACGAUUAGCUAAAAUAAAGCACAUACUGCAACGUCAGCUGGAAUUUCAAAGGUUGGAAAAAGUCGAAAUUGGUGGAAGGUGUGGGAAAACCUUAUCAACCGAUGUAGUGCAGCUGCACACUAAAUUUACCGAUGAAUCAUCGUUGUUUUCGGGAAAGUCAUUUGAUCCACUUGAUCUUUCGACACAGGAAUUCGAACAAGCUGCUGAAGCCUUCCUUGCAGUUAUCCAGCAAAUGGAUGAUCACUUGCUGAAUGUGGUGUGGACCGAUCUGGAAGCCUGCCUCGGUAACACUCCGACUACCGUUAAACACAUGGAUAUGCUGAACAGCGUCAUCUACGAUAAAGCCACCAAAGCGAGCAACGAGCUGUCCAUGUUCAACAUUUUGGAAUCGCUGAAUAGCUAUCUGGUCCAUUUCGAAGCGAUCAUCGCCGAAGCCAGCAUGCAGGACGAUCAUAAAUGUGCCGAAAUCUUCACAUAUCCGCGUCUGUACUCGGUUCUGAAAUGGUCGUAUGGUGUGGAGAAAUUCCUAAUGGAGACUUACGCACGCUUCGCUAAACUCAUCGUUCCACAUUCUUCCGCCAAGACGUACGAGAAUUUGCUGGAUGGCUAUAUUCGAAUCGCUGGCAAAAUUGCUCGGUUGCAGAGCGACGCGCGCGCUGUGGUUGAGCGUCUGAAUGCGCAGACAGACCAGAAUCUGCAGCAUUACUCGCUGGUUACGCGGAAUGCCUCUGAACGCGAGCAGCUAACAUGCAACCUGACUAACCAGUUGGAAGAGUAUUUGGAAUUAACUGGAGAAAACCAGGGUACGCCGGCGGAAAAAUUGCCGCCUGAAAUUGCAGCCGUUACUGACAAAUUUCGCGAUCUCAUCUAUAAACUCCAAAGCGCCGUGCGAUUGUUCAAUAAAAUAAAGCAAAGCUCCGUUGGACCGGAGAAGGAGCUGCUCGGCGCCGAGUUUGAGGCUACGCAGGCCAUUCUAGCACGCGCGGAGAAUAAGAUAACGUGGGGCAGCGCAGAUGCUCCAGAGACCGUGGAGAAACUCUUCACUGCUGUGUUCGAUCUGUCCAACCGACUGAAGAAGGCGCAGCGCAAUCUGUUUCUCAUUUCGAAGAAUCUGCAGCAGUGGCAACGAAUGGCCACCUUCAGUGUGGAUCCGCAGCAGCCCAAUUAUCUCCGCUUCGCUAUUCCGGACGCCACGCGCAAAGAACGAACAGCAUUCAUGAAAACCGCCGGCGAAGCCAUCCAGUUUCUCUUCCAGACGGUGGCCUAUCUGUUCCAUGCUAACCGCACUGAUAAAGAAUGGAUGAAGUACGCCGACUAUGUGGACGGUUUGGUGUUGGAUGGCCUCAUCGCCGCGGCGGCCAAUAAUCUGGAAUACAUCUUGGAUCACAUGUCCUACGAUCAUGAAUCACCGCCGUUUAUCAAGGUCAUCCUGACGCUCAAAGAUAAUCCGGGGCUGGCGUACAUCCCCGGAAUUGGCAAUGAUGCGGCACCCGAUUCUCUCUACAGCGAGAUCAACAGUGUCAUCAGCGAUGUGUUCAAUAUCGGCACGUAUGUGCAGCGUUUGUCCGUGGAAAAGAGCAGCGAUACUUUUCUGGGUCCCCUUUCCCAGAUCAAAGAAUUACAGGCGAUGAAAGCGGAAAUCCUGCGGAGGAUCACGGAAAUGAUGCCGAGAUUGCUGGGUUUUAAAGAGGCCUACCAGAAAUACAGCAGGAUCUGGGAGAUGGACAAACAGGUCCAGCUGACGACGUUCCAAAUCAAGAAUGCGAAUGCCGCGCCACAAGAUACCGAGAACGCUGAAGGUGUGAGCAGUAUUCCGCCCCUGAUUGACGUGGGAAAAAUUGAGGAAGAGAUAGAAAACAACACAACGACUAUUGAGGAGAUUGAGAAGUCGGCGGAUUACGAAACACUGGAUACGUGGUUGCGGGUAGAUUUCUCCACACUGAAGCAGAAAGUCGUUCAGCAUUUGCACGAAUAUACGGAAAUGCUCAAAGACUUUGUUUUCACUUUCGUCACAACGAGUGCUGUUGAGUUCGAAAAGUUUACGAAAGCCUGUCUGGAUGUAUUUGCUCGUUCGAGAAGCGGGGUUGAUCGAAAAACACUAGUGGUCAUCUUGAAACAACUGGCACAACUGCGGGAACGUCAGUCGUACAGCGAUGAACUGUUCGAGCCGCUAAACCAGAGCCGGAAACUUCUGAAACAGCACGGUGUGGAAAUACCAGAGGAUAUGCAAAAGAAGCUGCAGGGAUUACAACAGCAAUGGAUAGAUACCAAGAAUUCGGCAGUGAGAACGAAGCAAGAUAUUGCUACAAUCUUGGCACAGGAAGUUGAUAAUCUGAGGAAAGCCGUAGUCCGCUUCGAAAUGAAACAGCAUGAAUUCCGCGAGCAGUUUCGAAGCAAAAAGUUUUCAGGAUUUCCUUCGAAGAUCGGUUAUGUUGAACUAGACAAGUCUCAAGCGGAAAUAACAGCGCUAGAAGCGGAAAUGGAUGUGCUGAUAAAAGACUGCCAGCUGUUCGACGUCCCCGCGCCCGAUUUCAAGCAACUACGCACUUGCCGCCGCGAGGUUAAGUUAAUCAAACAACUGUGGGAUUAUGCAUCCGUCGUUGCCAGCCAGAUACAGGAAUGGCGAAAAACGCCAUGGGCCGGUGCUAAUAUCGAAAGCAUGGACGGUGACUGCAAAUUCUUUCUGAAAGAGCUUCGAGGUCUGGAUAAGGAAAGCCGUCAGUAUGAUGUGUUCGUCAAUACGGAAAACGACGUCAAGAAUAUGAUUACAUCUUUACGGGCUGUAUCUGAAUUACAGAGUCCGGCUGUACGACCUCGGCAUUGGGAACAGCUCAUGCAGACUUGCGGUGCAACAUUCGAGAUGAGUCCCAAUACGAAACUUGGUGAUCUGCUUAAUCUUCAACUGCAUAAGUUUGAAGACGAAGUUAAAAGUAUAGUCGACCGCGCUGGAAAAGAAACUGGCAUGGAAAAAACACUGCGAGACCUCAACACGACAUGGACCGAUUUGCAGUUUGAAAUAGAGGUGCAUCAUCGCACGGGAACGCAGUUAGUGAAAAUGAGCGAUGAAUUAGUGGAAACAUUGGAAGAAAACCAGAUGCAACUUCAAGCGCUGUUAGCGUCCAAAUAUGUGGAUUUCUUCCGCGUCCAAGUCACCGAAUGGCAAAAGAAGCUGGCCCAAGCCGAUCAGGUUUCCAGUAUAUUCCAGGAGGUUCAGAAAACGUGGACGUAUUUGGAAACAAUCUUCAUUGGAUCAGAAGAUAUCAGACGACAACUUCCCGAUGAUGCAGCACUGUUUGACAGCAUCGAUAAGGAAUUUAAGGUUAUAGCAGCUCAGUUAGCAGAGAACAGGAAUGUGCUCAUUGCCACUGCCAUUUCAAAACUGUACGAACGCCUGGAGCAUCUGCAGACUGGUUUAGGGCGGUGCGAGCAAGCUCUAUCUGAGUACCUGGAGAAGAAACGCCUCGCGUUCCCAAGAUUUUACUUUGUUUCGAACACUGACCUUUUGGACAUUCUGUCCAACGGCAACAGUCCCGAUAAAGUCGCUAAACAUUUCAUCAAGUUGUUCGACUCUUUGGCCGCUCUAACCUUUAAACCAUCGGAGAAAGGAGAUUUCCUAAUUGCAACGGAAAUGAAAGCGAAAGACGGGGAAGUCGUUAAACUCAAAGGAGUUUGCAAUUGUGACGGACAGGUAGAAAGCUGGCUGAAUAAUGUCUUGGAUAUUCACCGGAAAACUAUCCAGGGAUACUUGAAAGAAGCGGUGACCGCUUAUGAGGACAAACCCCGAGAACAAUGGAUCUUCGAUUACCCAGCCCAGGUGGCUUUAGCGGGAUCACAGAUUUGGUGGACCAGUGACGUCAAUCUGGCGUUCAGCCGUUUGGAAGAAGGCAUGGACACAGCAAUGAAAGACUUUCUCAAGAAACUGGUUCAACAACUGAACACGCUUGUCAGUCUAUUGCUGAAUGAUCUAACGUUUCAGCAGCGGCAGUGUAUUGAGACGAUUGCCACGCUUGAUGUGCACAAUCGCGACACCGUGGGCAAGCUCGUCACCGGAAAAGUUGAUCACGGAAAUGCUUUUGCGUGGCAGUCACAGCUGCGCCAUCGCUGGGACUUCAAGAACGGCCAUUGUUACGCGAACAUCUGUGAUGCGCAGUUCCAAUACGACUACGAAUAUCUUGGAAAUGGUCCCCGUUUGGUGGUUACUCCCCUAACCGAUCGCUGCUACAUCACUCUAACACAAUCCCUUCAUUUAAUCUUGGGAGGAGCACCGGCCGGCCCAGCAGGGACCGGUAAAACCGAGACCACCAAAGAUUUAGGGAAAGCACUAGGAAUAAUGGUGUACGUGUUCAACUGCUCUGAACAGAUGGACUAUAAGUCAGUUGGCAAUAUCUACAAGGGCCUUUCACAAACCGGAGCCUGGGGAUGUUUUGAUGAAUUCAAUCGCAUUUCGGUGGAGGUGUUAUCCGUAGUGGCCGUGCAAGUCAAGUGCGUCCUCGAUGCCAUCCGGGCCCGGAAGAAGAAAUUCAACUUCCUGGGCGAAGAUAUCGUUCUUAGACCGAGUGUGGGAUUUUUCAUCACUAUGAAUCCCGGAUAUGCCGGCCGUGCCGAGCUACCGGAAAAUUUGAAAGCAUUGUUUCGACCGUGUGCUAUGGUCGUACCGGACUUCGAACUUAUCGCGGAGAUCAACUUGGUAUCCAAAGGAUUUAUAAACGCAAAAUUACUAGCACGGAAGUUCGUCACACUUUACGGACUGUGCAAGGAAUUGCUCUCCAAACAGGCUCAUUAUGAUUGGGGCUUGCGUGCGAUCAAAUCUGUCCUCGUGGUGGCCGGCGUGUUGAAACGAGCAGACAAGGAUCGUUCGGAAGAUCAAGUUCUUAUGCGAGCACUGCGAGACUUCAACAUUCCCAAAAUUGUUACCGAUGACAUACCGGUCUUCAUGGGAUUGAUCAGUGAUUUGUUUCCAUCGAUUAAUGUCCCGCGUAAGCGUGACCGAGAAUUCGAGAGUAACAUCCGCAAAGCUACUCUCGAUUUGAAACUACAGCCGGAAGACAUGUUUGUCUUGAAAGUUGUGCAGUUUCAAGAGCUUUUGGAUGUCAGGCACAGUGUGUUUAUAUUGGGAAAUGCCGGAACCGGUAAGACGCAAGUUUGGAAAACGUUAUACAAGACUUACCAGAACGCGCGCCGAAAACCGAUGUACUCCGAUCUGAAUCCGAAGGCGGUCACCAAUGAUGAGUUAUUUGGCAUUAUUAAUCCAUCCACUCGAGAAUGGAAAGACGGGUUAUUUGCGGUCAUCAUGCGUGACCUGGCCAAUGCUACCGGCGAAGGUCCGAAAUGGAUCGUUCUGGAUGGAGAUAUUGAUCCGAUGUGGAUCGAAAGCUUGAACACGGUCAUGGACGAUAACAAGGUGCUCACGUUAGCCAGUAAUGAACGGAUAGCAUUGUCACCCAACAUGAGACUGGUCUUCGAAAUCAGCCAUCUGAAGACAGCCACACCGGCAACAGUGUCUCGAGCCGGUAUUCUGUUUCUCAACGUGACGGACAUAGGCUGGAUGCCAUUUGUCUCCUCGUGGAUGAACGCCAAGGAAAACCCAUCGGAGAAACAACUUUUAGGGCAAUUGUUUGACCGGCACCUACCACUACUCCUGGAUGCAUAUAAGACCAAACUGAAGACAAUCACUCCUCUUCCCGACAUCAGCCUGAUUCAGACGCUAUGUGCUCUGUUGGAUGCUACUUUACCACAGGAUCCGCAGGGUGAACUGAAUAAGGACGCAUAUGAAACGAUGUUCCAUUUCGCUUGCAUAUGGGCCUUCGGUGGGCCAUUAUUACAGGAUCAGACAUCGGAUAUGAAAGUCGAGUUUAAUUCCAUUUGGAACCAGGAAUUCAAAAACUCCCGAUUUUCCAGUCCGGAUGCGUCGGUUUUUGAUUUUUACUACGAUUCCAAGGAGAAACAGAUAUUUCCAUGGACCAACAUUGUUUCUCCGUUCGUUCUGGAUGGUUCGUUGCCCGUUCAGGCACAAUUGGUACAAACGGCCGAUACAGUGCGUAUCCGGUAUUUACUGAACCUUCUGAUCUCGGUACGGAAGCCGGCGAUGUUGGUCGGGCCAGCUGGAUCCGGCAAGUCUGUCAUCAUGGCCGAUGUCCUGCGCCGACUGCCAGCCGAUGAUUACGCCAUAACCCAGAUUGCCUUCAACUUUUACACAACCUCCCUGAUGCUGCAGAACAUGAUGGAGAAGCCACUGGAAAAAAAGUCGGGGCGCAGUUAUGGUCCGGUCGGAAACAAGCGAAUGAUAUACUUCAUCGACGAUAUGAACAUGCCAGAAGUCGACAAAUAUUUCACUGUUCAGCCGCAUACCAUAAUCAAGCAGCAUAUCGAUUACGGACAUUGGUACGACCGACAGAAAUUGUUUGCAAAAGACAUCAUUAACUGCCAAUAUCUAUCCUGCAUGAAUCCGGCAGCCGGAAGUUUUACGAUCACGCCUCGCUUACAAAGACACUUCUCCGUGUUCACAAUUGGAUUUCCCUCGGCUGACAGUGUGCAGAAAAUUUACGGCUCAUUUGCCAUGCAGCAUUUUGAAAGAGGCUUUACUGAUCCGGUUAAAAAUGUGCUGCCCACUAUCGUCCAAGCCGCUAUGGCGCUGCAUAAUAAAGUUGCCAGCAGCUUCCUCCCGACGGCUGUGAAAUUUCAUUAUCUCUUCAACUUGAGAGAUCUGUCUACAGUAUUCCAGGGAUUGCUCUUCAGUCGACCCGAUAUUAUGCGCACUAAGGACGACAUGGUCAAAGUUUGGAUGCAUGAAAGCCUGCGUGUCUAUCAAGACAAACUGAUAGCAAAAAAAGACAGCGACUUGUUCACAAAAAUCCUUGGCGACAUCGGGAUGAAGUACAAGCUGCUGACCGAGGCGGAGUUCGGUCAGAUUAAAUUCCUUCCGCACUGCCAUUUUGCUAACGGCCUGGGAGAUCCGAAAUACGCUGCCGUGAAGAGUUAUCCGGCCGUGCAGAAAGUGCUGACCGACGCUUUGCCGCAUUAUAACGAGGAACUUCCGGCAAUGAAUUUGGUGCUGUUUCAAGAUGCUAUCGAACACAUCUGCCGUAUCAAUCGCAUAUUGGAACUUCCGCGCGCCAAUGCGUUACUUGUGGGCGUCGGUGGUAGCGGAAAGCAAAGCCUCGCUCGGCUGGCUGCCUACAUCAGUGGCAUGCAAGUAGUGCAGAUUACUUUGCGAAAAGGUUAUGCGAUCAAUGACCUUAAGGCUGAUUUUGCUGAUGUCUUCCGUCGGUGUGGCGUCAAAAAUGAGAAUAUCGUCUUUCUGAUGACCGAUAGCCAAGUUCCGGAAGAAAACUUCCUGGUGCUGAUCAACGAUCUGUUGGCAUCGGGAGAAAUACCGGACUUGUUUCCGGCCGAUGCCAUUGAGGACAUUAUUGGGGCUUUACGAAACGAAGUCAAAGCAAAUGGUUUGAACGAUGACAAUUCGGGAGUGUGGCGAUAUUUCUUGGAUCGCGUCAGGCGUAACCUCAAAGUCAUCCUUUGUUUUUCGCCAGUCGGACCGACUUUGCGUAUGCGCAGCCGGAAAUUUCCCGCAGUGACUAACUGCACAUCUAUCGAUUGGUUCCAUGAUUGGCCACAAGAAGCUUUGAUAUCCGUCAGCAAGACGUUUUUACAGACGGUUGAAGUUUUACCGGCACAUCUUCGUGAAUCGAUUGCUCAGUUUAUGGCCUUCGUUCAUUCCACUGUCAACGAUAUCAGCGUCACAUACCUGCAGAACGAACGUCGACAUAACUACACCACUCCGAAGAGUUUCCUGGAACACAUUCGAUUGUACAGUACUCUUCUAACCAGGAAAGUGCAGGAACUCCAAAGCAGUAUGAACCGCUUGGAAAACGGUCUGCAAAAGAUCCGCAGUACGGCUACUCAGGUGGAUGACAUGAAAGCCAAACUGGCAUCUAAGGAGAAGGAACUGGCUAUCAAAAAUGAAGAAACCAACCGUCUGAUCGAAGUGGCGGAGAAAGAGAGCGCCAAGGUGGCGAAGGAGAAGGAAAUCGCUAGUAACGAAGAGAAAGCGGUGGCUGUGGUGGCCAAGGAGGUCGAGAAGAAACAAAAAGACUGCGAGAAGGAUUUGGCGUUGGCGGAGCCAAGUUUACGGAAGGCUUUGGCUGCUUUGGAUACUCUUGACAAGAAUAACCUAACGGAGUUGAAAUCAUUCGGUUCGCCUCCUCCGAUUUGCGUGGACAUCGCCGCAGCCGUUAUGAUUUUAUUAGCACCGAACGGACGCGUGCCGAAAGACAAAUCUUGGAAAGCUUCCAAAGUUAUGAUGGCCAAAGUGGAUUUGUUUUUAGAACAGCUGAAAACGUACGAUAAGGAGCAUAUUCAUGAAAAUUGCCUAAAGGCAGUGGAUCCGUUUUUGAAAAAGCCGGAAUUUCAGGAUCCGGCGUCGGUCGAAUCCAAGUCUCGAGCGGCUGCUGGUUUAUGUGCUUGGGUAGUGAAUAUCGUGAAUUAUUACCGUGUCUACUGUGACGUUGAACCGAAACGUAUUACCCUGCAACAAGCAAACGCUGAGUUGACCGAGAAGAUGAACCGGCUGGCGGAAGUCCGGCAUAAAGUUGCGAAACUGGAGUCGGAACGCGAUAAACUCCUAGCGCAGCUCAAGUCGGCUGUUGAUGAGAGAAAUAAGACCAUGAAGGAAACGGAAGCCACGAGCAGAAUUAUUGUAUUAGCCAACCGGCUCAUGGGAGGAUUGGCAUCCGAGAAUGUUCGAUGGGCUAAUCAGGUUCAGCAGUUUAAGAAAUCUGAAGAGUCGUUACCGGGAGACGUGCUCCUGGUGUCGGCGUUCGUUUCGUACGUUGGUACUUUUACGCGAAAGUACCGGCAGAUCUUGAUGGAGGACAAGUGGAAGCCGUACAUGAACACAGUUCAGCCGAAAAUUCCAACAACAUCGGGAAUUGAUUUCCUCACGGUUUUGACGGACGAUGCCAUAAUCGCCAACUGGCAAAAUCAGGGUUUACCGGCGGAUCGCAUGUCAACCGAGAAUGCCGUUAUCCUGACGAUUUCCGAACGUUGGCCACUUAUUAUUGAUCCACAGCUACAGGGUUCGAAAUGGAUCAAGGGAAUGUAUGCGGAAGAGUUGCAACUCAUACGACUGGGACAGAAAGGGUACCUUGACCAGCUGGAGUUCAGCUUAUCGUCUGGAUCACCUUGCUUUCUGGAGAACAUUGGAGAAACCGUUGACCCCAUCCUUGAUCCGUUGAUUUCGCGUAACACGGUUAAAAAGGGCAGAGCUAUCAAAAUGGGUGAAAAGGAGGUAGAAUAUAAUCCCAAAUUUCGGUUGAUACUGCACACCAAACUGGCCAAUCCGCACUACCGACCAGAGAUGCAGGCCCAAUGCGCGAUAAUUAACUUUACGGUAACGCGCAGCGGAUUGGAAGACCAGUUGCUCGCCGCCGUAGUGCGCACUGAACGACCGGAUCUCGAGCAGCUCAAAUCGGACUUGACUAAACAACAAAAUGACUUCAAAAUAACGCUGAAGAGACUGGAAGACAGCUUGCUGAAACAGCUGUCAGCAGCGGAAGGCAACUUUUUGGGAAACGUGGAGCUUGUGGAGAGCCUGGAGCUGAACAAGCGGACUGCCAUUGAAGUUGAGCGAAAAGUUGCCGAAGCGCAAAUAACCGAACAGCAGAUAAAUACGGCGCGUGAAACCUACCGUCCAGCUGCUGCGCGGGCGUCGUUAUUGUAUUUCAUUUUGAACGAAAUGAACAAGAUCAAUCCGAUUUACCAGUUUUCGCUGGAAGCAUUUAAUACAGUGUUCCGCACAGCUAUCGCUAGAGCGACGCAGUCCGAAGAUCCAAAAGAACGCGUUAAAGCCUUAAUAGAUUCCAUUACGUAUUGUGUAUUCAUCUACACAACGAGAGGUUUAUUUGAACGCGAUAAGAUUAUAUUCACCGCACUGAUGGCAUUCCAGGUCCUUCAACAAACCAAAGAGAUCACUGCCACUGAGCUGGACUUCUUUCUGCGUUUGCCAAGUGAUCCCUCUGUGACAUCGCCAGUGGAUUUCCUUAGCGAUGCAUGUUGGGGAACAGUUAAAGUUUUGGCUGCCACAGAAGAGUUUAAAAAUCUGGAUAAAGAUAUAGAAGGCAGUGCUAAGCGUUGGAAGAAAAUCGUGGAAAGCGAUAAUCCAGAACGCGAAAAAUUGCCACAAGAAUGGAAAGGCAAAUCGGCUCUGCAACGCAUGAUGAUUAUGCGAGCGCUCCGCCCCGAUCGCAUGGUUUACGCAGUUCGGGUCUUUGUGGAAGAAAAACUGGGUGAGCGCUACGUGGAGAACCGGGCCGUUGAGUUUGGUCGAUCUUUUGAGGAGUCCGGUCCGAGUACCCCGAUGUUUUUUGUUCUGUCUCCGGGUGUGGAUCCACUGAAAGAUGUGGAAGCCUUAGGACGAAAGCUGGGAUUCACCUUCGAGAACCAGAAAUUCCACAACGUGUCACUCGGACAAGGCCAGGAGCCGGUUGCCGACAGAGCGUUGGAGAUCGCCGCAGAGAAGGGUCACUGGGUUAUCCUUCAGAACAUCCACCUUGUUAAGAACUGGCUGCCAAAGCUGGAGAAAAAUCUAGACAGAUUGUACGAAGGCGCACACAACGAUUUUCGGGUGUUUAUGAGUGCUGAACCUGCAGCACACCCCAGCGGACACAUUCUCCCACAGGGCUUGCUGGAAAAUUCCAUUAAAAUCACCAACGAACCGCCAACCGGUAUGUUGGCCAAUCUGCAUAAAGCGCUGGACUACUUCAACCAGGAAACUCUCGAGAUGUGCAGCCGCGAAACAGAAUUCAAGUGUAUCCUCUUUGCAUUAUGUUACUUCCACGCUGUGGUGGCAGAGAGACGGAAAUUCGGUCCACAGGGAUGGAAUCGGUCGUAUCCGUUCAAUGCUGGUGACUUAGUGAUUAGUUCUAAUGUGCUGUUCAACUAUCUCGAGAACAAUGCCAAAGUACCAUGGACUGAUCUGCGGUACCUGUUUGGAGAGAUCAUGUACGGCGGACACAUUACCGAUGACUGGGAUCGUCGGCUCUGUCGGGCGUACUUGGAAGAGUUUCUUAAACCGGAAAUGAUUGACGGUGAUUUUUACCUUGCCCCCGGAUUCCGCCUGCCGCCGCCCACUGAUUAUAAAGCCUACCAUGCCUAUAUUGACGAAUCCCUACCCAACGAAUCUCCGUACCUGUAUGGUCUCCAUCCCAACGCCGAAAUCGGCUUCUUAACAGCGACAUCCGAGAAUCUCUUCCGCACUGUCCUGGAAAUGCAGCCACGCGACACCAGUGAAGGAGGUGGCGCGGGUGGUUCACGCGAUGAGAAACUGAACGCCACCAUCGAGUCGAUACUGUCGAAACUCAGCCCGCCGUUCAGCAUUGUCGAUUUGUACGCGAAAGCGGAGGAUCGUACACCGUAUACGGUUGUCGCUCUGCAGGAGUGUGAGCGGAUGAACACCUUGACACAAGAAAUGAAACGCUCUCUGAAGGAACUGAAGCUCGGUCUGAAAGGCGAACUCACGAUUUCGGCCGCGAUGGAUGAACUGUCAGGAGCGCUGUUUCUGGAUCAGAUACCACAAGCGUGGGCUAAAUUUGCGUAUCCGUCGUUGCGACCGCUGUCGUCGUGGUCUGUUGAUUUGCAGAACCGCGUUAAAGAACUUGAACAAUGGACGACCGACUUCAAAGUUCCCUGCUCGGUGUGGCUAGGCGGCCUGUUCAAUCCGCAGUCUUUCCUGACAGCCAUCAUGCAGGUGACGGCCCGCAAAAACGAAUGGCCGCUGGAUCGGAUGACGCUGCAGAUUGAAAUCACCAAAAAGCAGAAGGACGAGUGUCAGUAUUCCACACGUGAUGGUUCGUACAUUCAUGGUCUGUACAUGGAAGGGGCCCGGUGGGAUAUGCAAAUGGGUUCGAUUACCGAUUCGAAAAUGAAGGAACUCUUUUGUCCCAUGCCGGUGAUUUUUGUCAAGGCUAUCCCGGCUGACAAAGAAGAUUCCCGGUCCAUGUACGACUGUCCGGUGUACAAAAUUAAAACGCGUGGACCAGACUACGUUGUGGCGUUCAAAAUCAAGGCAAAAGAUCGCGCAACGAAGUGGAUUUUAGCGGGCGUGGCGUUGCUGUUGGAAGUGUGAUCUAGGCUAAACCUGUGAAUCUAGAGUUUUAUUUCAGAAAUUAUAUUUAUGCUGUGUCCAGAUAUUUGAAACCAAAAAGUUAUUUGACCCAUAAAGCUUCACCCGGUGUUCUGCUCGACGCUGUACGCAAAAGUGUGUACAAACAUGUUCCAAAGUGUAGCAUUUUUCAAUGACAACUGUGUGGUUUGAAAAAUAAUGA